CGACGCACGCACGCACGCACGCACGCACGGCCGCUGGGUGGGGCCAGCAAUCCGGAAGUGCGGCUCGCGGCGCGGCUGCGGGGACGACCGUUAGACGGGGCGGCCGUUAGACCGGGGCGCCCUUUAGACCGGGGCGACCGCGGAGGGAGUAGGAAGCCCUGCAGCUGCGGGGUCUGAGCUGAGGCUGUGGCGAUGGCGGACAAAGGCUCGACGCAGGAGAGGCAGGCCCGAGACCCCAGAGUGACCUGAAGCAAGGCGGAAAAGGCGACAUCGCCUAAACUUACGGUGCCGCAGGGGGACGUCGUGCCUGGACGGCUCACUGAGGCGGAGGCGGCGAAGCUGAGGGCUCGCGAGGAGGGUGAGGAGGUGGUGGGCGACAUCCUGGAGGAGCUGGUGGACCCAGUGAUGGAUGCCGUCUGCAAAUCCUACCUGGAACGGCAGUGCAUUCCGUACGCAGUGAACGGGGCACGGGAGACCAUACUCCAUGUGGUCCAGAUGAGAUUUGUGCCCCAGGAUGAGGGAGAACCCCACCUGGCAGAGGACCCCACGUGGGCGGAGGACGAGGAACCCUCACCUUGCCCAAUUGACACCUGGGCUCUGGGGAGCCGUGCCCUCGCGGUGCGCGCCCUCCUCAGUGGAAAGGAAGAGGAGCCAAGGCAAAGUAAGCCCCGCCCCCAGCUCCUUCCCACCUCCCGCCCCCGCCGCGUCUCUGUUCUCUUCAGGGCUUCUCUGGGCUGCUCCUGCCUUAGUUCCUCUGUCUCCUGUGUCCGCAUCUCGCCGUCAGUUUUCUUCCCUCUCCCGCCUGGGGUUCCCAUCUGAGAGCUGGGUCCCAGCCCCAGCCUCCAAUUCCCUACUUUAAACCUAGGCCUACCGUCGCCAGGCUUCAGUUCGAAGCCGCCCUUCCCCAGUCCCGGCCUCUGCUUUCUCACCACGCACGUGCCCCACCCCCACCCCACCCCCCAUCCCCCCGUGGCCCGCAGCCCCAGAUCCAAACUAUGGCCAGGUGCCAAGUGGCCCAGCGGCUGGGAGGGGGAGGCCGAGGUGCUGGGUGAGCUGUGGGCGGGCCGCACCCGCGUACUCCCGCAGGGCCUGGACCCCAAGGAUCAGGAGAGCCAGGAUCUUCAGAAGGGGCCUCACCAUGCGCCUGGAGUCCUCAAGGCCAAGUCCCAGGUGGUGAGGAAGCCCACGUUGCUGCCGAAAGCGCCGAAGAUGGCUCCUGGUAUGAGCACGUGGAACCCCACCCAGGAGCUGCUUAGCUGUGCUGAAGCUCAACAGGAGGACAAAGAGGGCAGCACCUCUCGUCCCAUCCACACAGGUGCCCCAGAUCCCCAGGUGACGGUGGCACAGCUAACAGAAAAGUCAGGUCCCCAAAUAUCAUCACUCUACUCCAAACACCUGCCCCAUCCUGGGCCCUGAACCUCAGGCAGUGGGAAUCCCGCCUACUUUCUGUCUGUCUGCCAGAAAUAAACA